AAAAAUACGAAACAGCUGACGAUUUAGAGCAGUAUAGAUAUAACCUCUUUGCGCCGACGGAAAGUUUUAAAUUAAUUGCAAAAGUUCUUUUAGUGAAAUAAAUCAAGACAUGUUUCGCUUUGGAAUUAAACAUUUCUUCGUUGCUAGAAAUUUUAGCACUAAGUUUGAUGAAAUUAGCAAUCUUGUUAAGAAAAAUAAGGUAGUCGUUUUUAUGAAAGGUGUGCCAGAGGAACCAAGAUGUGGAUUUAGCAAUGCGGUAGUUCAGAUACUACGAAUGCAUGGUGUUACUUAUGAUGCACAUGAUGUUUUAAAAGAUGAAGACCUUAGACAAGGUAUAAAAGAUUUUUCCAACUGGCCCACAAUACCUCAAGUUUUUAUAAAUGGUGAUUUUGUGGGUGGCUGUGACAUACUUUUAGAGAUGCAUAAAAAUGGUGAACUUAUUGAGGAAUUGAAGAAGGUUGGAAUUACUAGUGUUCUUUUAGAAAAUGAAGAAUCUCCUCAAACUGAUGUAAACAAAUCUAAAGAAUAAAUCUUUAGUAGAUGUAAAUAAACUAUAAAAUAACUAUAUAUUGUACGGAUAAAAAA